AUGCAUAUGAUGUAUAAUAUUGAGUCAGGAAAAGUAGCUAAUACGAUGCUAUUUGUUAGAAUGAGAAUACCUUCCAAGUUAAAAGAUUUUUCUGAAAUGUUAGAGUUGCUUUUGGGAAACAAUUACCAUAUAAGUACUUCGAAUCUUUAAUGGAAGGAUAUUUAGAGAAUCACACCCUUCUUGUUUAUAAAAACAUCCCCUACACAAUAUGAAAAAUUGAUAAGGUUUACCUAACCUUUAGAUUCAUUAAUUUUGAAGCUCAAAAGUAUGUAACUUAUAUCAAAUGCCUAUACUAUGGUAGGAAGAUAGGAAAUUGUUGAUAUUCCAGGAAAGAGUUUAGAUAGAAGGGCAUUUUUGUAAAAGGAAAAUUCACUCUUGGGUGAAUCUAAAAAUAUGAAUUAAUUAUGA